CUUUCCGCGUCAGCUAGUAGGGAUGAGAAUAAAUCGAGUUACUCAUCGCUUAAAGCUAAAAUAAGUACUUACAUGCCUACCUAGUCGACUCCUUGAAAGCCGCCGCCGAACGAUAUGUUGGUACUCCGCCCUUGAGAUCAUCCCAAAGGACUCCCGCCAAUCAAUCCCGGCUCACCCGUCGGUCUCUAUCCUCCCCACGCGUAUUCCUUGUACGCAAAGUCACACCCCGACCAUCCACUCGUAGAUAUAAAAGAACCUUGCUACCCAUCCACCCAUUCUUUCAUAUCACCGACAAUCAGCAAAUCUCAACCAUGGAUUCCGACCAAGAAAAGGCAACGCUCGACGUCGAGGAGGUAGAGCGCAAGAAGACACCUUCUACGGACACUGCCGAGGAGGAAUUUAGCGAGGAGGAAGGCAAGAGGAUCAUAUGGCGCGUCGACCGCCGUUUGGUCACAUUGACCGGUCUCUUGUAUUGCAUCAGUUUGAUGGAUCGGACGAACUUGGCUGCCGGUGCUGUUUCUGGCAUGCUCGAGGACUUGGACCUCGUCGGCACGCGCUACUCAAUUGUCACACUUGUCUUCUUCAUCACCUAUAUUUUAUUUCAGCCGCCCUCCACUGUCCUCACUCGUGAGAUUGGCCCACGAAUCUACCUGCCGUCGAUUAUCUUGGCCUGGGGUGCUGUUAUGAUCGGUUUCGGGUUCAGUCCGUCAUACCAAGUUCUCCUCGCCCUGAGAAUCAUCCUCGGUGUCUUUGAGGCGGGUUAUUUCCCAGGCUGUGUGUACUUGUUGUCCACGUGGUACACACGAUAUGAGGUUGGCAGAAGAUAUUCUGUUUUUUACCUUCUUGGCUGUGUGGCCUCUGCUUGCUCUGGUAUCCUUGCAUUCGGGUUGAUACAGAUGAAUGGCGUUGCCGGUCUCCCUGGUUGGAGAUGGAUCUUCAUCAUAGAAGGUGUGCUUACAUGCCUGCUUUCCUUUAUAGGCUAUUGGCUUCUAGUCGACUUCCCUGAUUCAAAGCGCAAGUCGUGGCGUUUCUUGAAUGAACGCGAACGCGCAUGGAUUAUCAGGAGAGUCAAGGCCGACCGUGGAGAUACCGAGGUUCCCAAGUUUAAGAUAAGCCUUUUCUUAGGAGGCGGUUUAGAUUUGCGAGUUUGGGGGUACGGACUGAUUGCAUACUGUACCAACACCAUGACCUAUUCACUCGCCUACUUUUUACCACUUAUUCUUCACACCAAUUUGGGUUUCAGCGUUGGUGCGUCGCAAUGUCUGAUUGCACCCCCAUACGCAUUUGCCGGAAUCUGGAUGUAUGGCAUGGGUUGGAUUGGAGAUCGCUACCGUAUCCGCGGUCCCAUCGUGGUCGCUAAUAUGAUUCUCGCUCUUAUUGGCCUGCCUAUUCUUGGGUGGCAUCCUAAUGAUGGAAUCCGGUAUUUUGGAGCCUUCCUUGUAACAGCGGGCGCAAAUUCAAACAUCCCGGGAUCGCUGUCAUACCAGGCCAAUAACAUUCGCGGGCAAUGGAAGCGUGCCUUCUCUAGUGCUUUGUGGGUUGGGUUUGCCAGUAUGGGUGGCAUUACCGGUAGCUUAGUCUUUAGGUCUCAAGAUGCUGCGACCGGGUAUAAGCCUGGGCUCUGGGCUUGUAUCGCAUGUUGUCUAUUCGGCAUACUUCUUGUGGGAAUCUUGGAUUUGUCGUUCUACUUCGAUAAUAAGAAAGCGGAUAGAGGAGAAAAAGAGUUAGAAAUAACAGAGGAGGAUUAUCAGCCAGGUUUUCGCUAUACAUAUUAGGAAGAUAUGAUUUCUUACCUGGGCGUCUAAUUGAGCCAGUAGUCUUCGCUACUCCAAGAUAUUUCCGUACCGCAAGUAACUAUGGGAAGCCCUAAUGGGCUGUUAAGCGUAUACAUUUCAUCAUGCAUCACUGAGAGCUUUAUUACU